CUUCACGUGAACACAACUGCACUGAGAAAAAUACCAACCGGUGUGAAUUGAAAACACUGUGAGCUCACGUCAGCAAGAAUCAAUGGCACGGCACUCUGUCACGUCACGGCUGAGUGUGAAUGGACCUUUAUGCUAUCAGCUGCCAGUGUCAGGCAGUGACAGUGUUAUGUUUUGUGAGUUUCAUGUACUUUGUGAUAUUUUGCUUUUGAUUUCAAUCUAAAAAGCAUUUUUACUUCAAAAAUAAUGAGUAACACCAGUUUUAUUUUUAACACCAUAUUUUUUAAACCCGUCUAAUUUUAUACUCUCAUUCAACAUUGUCAAGGAUGGCGGCUAAGCUUUCUAGAACCAAAUGUUUACCUAAGCUGCUCCUGAAGAGGACUAGUAUUUUCAGUCAAAAGACGAGAGUGACCAAUCUUGCGGGCUUUUUUAAAGUUGACGAGGUGCAUAAUUGCAAAUUUAGCGUCGAUACGACUCUGCGAGGUACAGCUGGACACGCUGAGACCACCUGUACAACCCAGGGGCUCUCAAAACUGCAGGCUCAGGAGCUGAUUCUCAGAUUGAAUAGUGUUGAACGCAAUCACCUAAUGACUGCUUUGCAAGAGUACAACUCAAAAAUUAUAAAAGAAGAGUAUGAAGGUCAACUAGCAGCAUCUAGAUGGAGAAGUAAAUAUGGAAGGCCAAGUAAACUACCAAGAUUAGGUGAUGUAGACCCUACGGGGUCAUAUUGCACUUUUCCUGAGGACUGGCUGAAGAAGAAAAUGGCACAAUCUGUUCCUAAGCCAACAUCAAGGGACUUAUUAAAUAUAUCAGUAGCCAACUCCAUUCCAUUCAUAGGUUUUGGGUUCCUAGAUAACUUUUUCAUGUUGAUAUUCGGCGAUUACAUUGACUUAUACUUGGGUUCCUACUUUUGUGUAAGUACCAUGGGUGCAGCUGCCAUGGGCAAUACUAUUUCAGAUAUAUUAGGUAUAGGAUCAGCAUUUUACGUGGAAAGAAUAGCUAACCAGAUAGGUUUCAGACCUCCACAACUUUCACCCUUACAGUUGGAUAUGAGCUGUUCAAGGAAUGCAGCUAAUGCUGGUAGGGUGCUAGGAGUUACUUUGGGUUGUAUACUAGGCAUGUUUCCACUGCUGGUAUUAAGAAAAAAUAAAAAAGAAGCAGCCAAAGAAGACGGCACCCCUGAAGUUCCUGAAGAAUGAUGAACGAGUAUACGUACUUUUUUGACUGAUUAGCGUAUGAUGAAAGCUAUCAGGACCAAAUAGAAACUUAAUCAUGCUAGAUGUUAAGGAAGAUAUCGUAGGUAGCAAGGAACAUGAAUGAUUGGUAGGAAAUUGUAUAUUUGAUGAACUAGAAAAAAAGUAUACUUAUCAUAAAAAAGUUGACUAUUUUCAAUAUAUUCUAUAAACUAUACAGUCAGCGCUGUACUGCAGUAAAGAAUUUAUGAAAUAUAAUGAUACUAGAUUGGGUCAAAUCUUAUAUCACACUCCAAAAAUUAAUACUUAUUCUUCACCACUGGUGAUAUUUUUCCAUAAAGAUUUACUACUUCAAGUCUAAGGAUUUUUAUUCUUUUGGUUGCAGUAACUACUAUAAUAGAGUCAAGGAUUAUGUUUCUAAGUUUCUAUAAACUCACUAUCUAGCUACAUGUUUACAGCAUUUAAUUAAAAAAAUGCAUAUUUUUAGCAAGAGUGGAGCUUCUAUAGCAAGUUUAGAUUCAUUCGUCAUUUAGUUUUGUUAUUUGGAUUUUUUCAAAUCUUUUUCGAAUGUUCAUUAUAUUAUCUAUUCAAAAUAAUUAUGAAUAUCACAGCGCUGCCAGUAGGUGCCAUUAUACUUUGUUAAAUAAAAUUAAAUAUUUUCGUUUUUAUAUGCAGAACUGCGGCGAUCAAUCAAUCGGAAAGUAUGACACCAUUACGAAAAUUUGGGGUUUCAGUAAAACUAAUAAUAGCAAUCCAGCUAAAAUAUUUUCAAUAAGGUGGCACUUCAAUUUUUGGAUUCUAUCAUUGAACGUAUUCUGCCUGAAUAUAGGUAACCACGUGCCGUAUUUCGGAGUACAAAAAAAUAUCCGAGAUGAAAUUAUAUAUCCUGGCAUUAUAUUUGAGAAUUUGUCGCAGACAUGUCUUUCCUCUCCGCAAGAAUUAGAAGUCUUCUUAGGAAAGGUUAGUUUCUUAUAGAUGGCAUAUAACUACUACUAACCACCACUAACCUUCCGAGAGUAAUAAUUGUUGCAGGGAGGAGAAACAUAGCUUUGAAUGCAUCGUUGUCUAACUUCAUGUAGAAUCUAUGAUUCUAUGCAAGAUUGUAAAUAAAUUUUGUAUAUAUUAUAAAAUCGAUGUUUAUUCAUGUGUAUUUUAUCUUCUUUUUAACACAGAAUUAAAGAUAUUUAGAAUUAGGAAUCCGACAAUAUAGAUAAAUUGAAUUUCGAACGUUGCAUAGAAUACAAAAAUUUAAUAAUGUACAGGGUGCCCCAUUUAAUAUAAGCAAGUCGGUAUCAAACUUUGGUAUAACCAAAAAUGACAGCAUUUUGAAAAUAUUUCAUCCUAAUCGCUGCCAUCAAUUUUACCAAAACCUUGAAUUUUCGUAAUUGUCUAGAGCAUAAUUUCCAAGUAAUCGAUCGCCACCAAAGAGUAUUUAUAUCAAGAGAACACAUUUCGUGAAAUGCCUUUAUAAUCUGCCGGUGGGUCCCAUUGACCUUGGGAGUCAUCUGCAUUAUAGUAGGGAAGCCUAUCGCAAAUUUUUUGUUCAUCAUGGGGUACAGAUAGUAUAUGACAAAAACUGGCCCAGUUUGCUGUUUAGCAUCAAAAUACGUAAAGUUUAACCAUGUAGCUUUCAGAACUUUGUAAUCGGCUCUUGGACUAUUACUGGUACAAAUAAAAGUAAAUUAAUUAUUAUUAUUAAUUAAAUGCGUUGAGUACAAGUGAUGGUCAAUGAAUUAAUGUAAAAAGGAUUAUCUAUCUGGCAAUAAAUCAUUCAUUUCAAGUGAGAACAGGUGAGUUUAGUUGCUAUCAGCUGUUUUGUGGACGCCAUGUUUCUGGAGUCAUCUCAUAUCUCGCCUUGUCUAACUGUAUUCUCUUUAUAUAACUACUCUUUGAUUAAACAUAAUAAGCAAUAAUUUUUCGCAUUUGUGUUAAGAGUAUAUAUUACAUGUUAUGUAUAUGUGUUGAUAAUGUAUAUUGUAAAUAUUUUUUAAUUCUAUAUAAUAUUUAUUGUUCUUCUGAAGCUACUAUUACUUUUAUUGUUACUUGAUUUAAAUGUAUUGCUUAUUUUAUAUGUAUGGUGUAUUUAAAUCCAUAGAAAAUCAUUUUUACAUAAAAAGAUACACCGAUUCUAUAAUGAACUGUUGAAGAUUCAUUGAAAUAUUGGAUUUAUUUUUUUGUGUUAUUAAAGCGCGUGAGAAUGUUAACUAUGUUGUUGUGGUCAUUUAUUUUCUACGCAAUAUAUGUUAUACUUAAGAUAACUAGGUAAUUGAGUGGUGUUGUUUUCUAAACGUUUAUGUAAUUAAGUGCAAUUUAUCCAAAGUUUUUCAAAAAGAUCAAUUCAGCGUAACUCCGUUCGUGUUUAUAGUUUUUUAAAACAACACUUUUCUUUCUGUUCCAUUAUGUCAUAUUAAUUCGAAAUGUAUGAAUAUUCUGAAUCUCUCAAAUGAUUAACCACACUGUAAAAGUAACAACACAUUUCCUAUUCUAGAUCUCAUGUUAAGGUAGCACAGAAAUACUCAUUUGGCUCAAUAACAUUCUUCAGGAUACAGCUAUGACUCAAACUGUGUGCUAAAAAUUCUCAUACAUAUAUGUUAUAAGUCUUGUGUAUAACCCUCAGGGGUAGAUAAAGUAUACUAUAAACCCUCCAUAUUUUCAUACUUAGUGAUCCACUAUUUCAUUGAUUCUAUAUAUUUCACGAUUUAUUCAGACAAUUCUAUGCAGUCACUUCUUUCCAAAAUACUUUCCCCGUCAUAUUUUUAGAUACGAUGGCGUUACUGAGAAAAUCAGUUUUUAAUAGGUUUCAUCAGUUAUAGCGGAAAACGGAGACGGUAUAUGUGGAACCUCCUACAGGGCCAUGGAGUAACAAUUUAAUCAUAUUGGCAGGCCAUAUUUACAGUAGUGCCAACAGGGCCAUGGCUUGGGGCGGCAGGUUGCGAGGGGCGGACCACCUCGAACGUCACAGCUUGAUUAGCCACAGGCAGUACGGUUUCCGGCACCAACGAUCUACAGGGGACCUCCUAGCUUACGUCACGCAACUGUGGAGUAAACUCAUCCAGUCUCAUGGUGAGGCUCAUGUCGUUGCUCUUGACAUCACGAAAGCGUUCGGUCAGCUGUGGCACGCUGCCCUCUUGAGCAAACUUCCAUCCUACGGCCUCCCAAAAAAGCUUUGCAGAUGGGUGGCUGACUUUAUCUCUGGCCGCAAGAUGUCCGUCGUAGUUGACGGAUUCUCCUCUUCAUCCCACGGCGUCGGCGCGGGUGUUCCCCAGGGAUCGGUCUUGGCUCCAACACUGUUUCUCUUACAUAUCAACGACCUCCUUUCCUGCACGAUCAACCCAAUCCACAGCUUCGCUGAUGACAGCACUCUACAUGCAGGAAUUCAGAGUGACAAGCCGAUCUCUGCCGCUGAGCUGGAAAAAAGAAGACUAGCGACGACUUCUUCUCUGACAAGAGACCUGGAGGCUAUCACUGCUUGGGGACGCAACAAUCUUGUACAGUUCAAUGCUUCCAAAACACAGUAAUGUACUUUGACGAACAAAAAGCGUCCUAGUGCUCAUACAGUUUCGAUGGACGGUCGAGUCCUACCAAAGGGCCAUUCAUUUCGGCUGGUCGGAGUCCAGAUCACCGAGGACCUGAUCUGGCACGAACACAUCUCUUCAAUAGCUGCAGCUGCUGGGAAAAAGCUAGGCUAUUUGUUUAGGGCUAAGAAGUACUUUUCUCCGCAUGACCUUCUCACUCUAUACAAGGCCCAGAUAAGGCCUAGCCUCGAGUAUUGCUCACACAUUUGGGGUGCUGCCGCCCCGACUACAUUGUCCAUGCUCGAUGCUGUCCAGAGGAGGGCGGUCCGACUGAUCGAUGACUCUUCUCUAACAGACAGUCUCGGGACUCUUUCGCACCGGCGGGCCGUCGGCGAUCUAGCUCUUUUCUAUCGCUACACCAACGGGCUUUGCUCCUCAGAGCUCUCUUCCAUGAUGCCGCCGCGCGAUGUGCCUGCCAGACAGACCCGCCUGACUUCGGCGUCCCAUCCUAACCGUGUCAAACUUCGUACAUCCAGAACUGGCCGAUACGACCGCUCCUUUGUCCCGAGAGUGUCUAGAUUGUGGAACAAACUACGGGAGGAAGCUUUUCCCAGUUCUACUAACCUUAAGCAGUUCAAGAAUCGUAUUAACAAAAUUUCUUUGGGAACAUCAUAGCAGCCGCGGUGUUCCGGCAUUUAGGCUUCUGCCUGCGCGGCUGUUUCGAUAUAAAAAAAAAGCUGCUCUAUUGUGUGCGUUUUUGAUUAUUUUCCGUUCCUUCAUGGGACGCAAAGGCAAGUCCAUUGAGGGGAAGUCAUCACCCCUGACGAAUCGAGAUUAGUCCGCGCCAAAGCCGCCUCCCUCCCUCCGCUCUUUAAUUUUUAAUCGGCGUUAGACACCAAACCCCUCCUCUCCCCCGGAGACGAACAUCUUCGAGGAUGACUGUCGCGCACUUGAUGGGGCGGCAACACUUGAGUCCCAGGGUGGUGAAUCUUAAAACAGGCCUCUGUAUAAUGGGCACCUUUUGUGACUGCUUUCCUCUUCACAACCCUGCAAUGUUAUUUCUUCUAAAAGAAGAAAUGCAUUAGUAAUGAAGUAUCUCUUAGAUUUUGUCUAGAAUAAGCUAGAUACACUUUGGCCUCUGUACUAGCACCUUGCAUAUUUAAUCCAACCUAUGACUAUAAUCAUCAUCUAUUUUUUCACUACCUUUCUAUUAUUGUGCGAUAUUAGGUAGCAAAGUUGGUAUCAUGUAUGGUGACAUAGUUUAUUCGAUUGAUUGUGUAAUAAUUAUAAGCUGAAUAAACUUGAACCAUCUACUGCUAUUUAGACUAUAAUAAAUGUUUACGAUAAAUGUCCAAAAUUCUGUAAUGAGAUGUGUUCAAAUAAAAUGUGGUCCCAUCCAAAGAAUGAGCUUCGCUUUGUCAAAAGAUUAGACAAAAUAUAUUAAAAUACAUGCAAAGAAUAUGUGUAAAUGUCGAUAAUAAACACUUGUUAUAUA